GAUACAGAAAGGGGGACGUUCAGAGAGGAGGAGGGAGUGGGGGGGGAGAGAGAGAGAGAGAAAGACACUCAAUGGUUUGCGCGCAACCAACACUUGCACGGCCCCAAAAUCCCACCCGCUAACACAAGGAGAAAGGAAAGGAGAGGAAAGGAGGGGGGGGGGGAUAGCUGGUUGCGGAGAACGGACAGGCAGACUGUGAACUGUUAGAGACCGAAACAAGGGAUGAGUUUGCUUCUGAGACAGGCCAGCGAUUUCUCACUAGACCGGUGGUGGCGAGGUGGAUGACUGCAGGGGACACGGAGGGGAUGCAGAGGAGGUCGGUGAUGCAGCAAGACGAAAGCGGAGGAUUCCAGCAACCCACGGCAGACAUCGUGUUUAGGUUCAUGUAGCCUGUGUGGCGCCCGGAUAACGGCACUAUAGGCUUCGAAACAUGUUCAGGCAUUGAUUUCAGAAGCGGCUGUGCGCAAUAUUAAGGAAUUCAGCGCGCGGAAGAAUCGGGGUUAAACAUACGCAUUUCCAUUCAUUGUCCACCCUUCAAAAUGAGACAGUAUGACGUUCAAUCUCUAAAUAGAAGCUCCCACGCAGGCUCGCUAACGGAGAGGCCACGUCACAACGAAGCCAGCGGCGUUUUUCACCAGAUUCAAUUAAUUUGAAUGGGCCGAUUGUGGUUCGGCCACACGCAGGAAAGAUGUUGGUGAAAUGCCACAAGAGCAAGCUCUCGGUUUGGAUCGCUCUGUGUGUACUGGUGCUCUGCUGGCUAUACAUUUUCCCGGUCUACAGACUCCCCGGCGAUAAAGAGAUUGUGGACGAGGUUUUGCGACAGGGGCAAGUAUGGCAGAAGAACCAGACAGGCAUAGAUCUGUACAGGAAGCUAUUGACUGAAUGUUGUGAGCCAAGAAGGAUGUUUGCCGUGACCAAAGACAACUCUCCCAUGGGGAAGGUGCUGUGGUAUGAUGGGGAGCUGUAUCACUCACACACCGUCAAUAACGAGACCUACCCUCUCUUUGUGAAGCGGACACCUCUGCCGCUGCCCCUGAGGAAGUGUGCCGUGGUCGGGAACGGUGGCGUCCUGAAACACAGCAGCUGCGGACGCGACAUCGACCAGGCCGACUUUGUCUUUCGGUGUAACCUCCCUCCUCUGUCCAGCCAGUACCUAGACGACGUGGGGACCAAGACCCGCCUGGUGACAGCCAACCCCAGCAUCAUCGAGAAGAGAUUCCAGAACCUUCUGUGGUCACGCAAAGCCUUCGUAGAGAGCAUGAAGGUGUACGGCUCCAGCUACGUCUACAUGCCAGCCUUCUCCAUGAAACCAGGGACCGACCCCUCCCUGCGGGCGCACUACGCUCUGGCGGACACCUCCUCCAACCUCACCAUGCUCUUUGCCAACCCCGAGUUCCUCCGGAGCGUGGGAAAGUUCUGGAAGGCUCGCGGCGUCCACGCCAAGCGUCUGUCGACCGGCCUCUUCCUGGUCAGCCUGGCUCUGGGGCUCUGUGAUGAAGUAACAGCUUACGGGUUCUGGCCCUACUCCGUGGGAUUGGACGAACAGCCUGUCAGUCACCAUUACUACGACAACAUCCUGCCCUUCAGCGGGUUCCACGCCAUGCCCGAGGAGUUUGUUCAGCUCUGGCAGCUGCACAAGAGCGGCACGCUCCGCAUGCGUGUGGGACGCUGCCCCCAUCAGGACGGGGGAAGUUAGGACAGGAGGACGGAGGCGCCUGGAGGGAUGGAUGUGAGGUUUAGGGCUACGAGAGAGAGAGGGGUUCUGCUUUAGGGUUCAUCUGUUGGUUCAUACACAAUGCGCACCUCCCUGGAGACCUGGCUUUACCACCCCUCACUCCUCUUCCCAGUACCCCACCCCCAUCUCCCCCACCACCACCCCCCACCACCUCUCUCCUUGCUUAGCAUUAGAAUGACUCCCCAUGCCAACCCCCAUCCCUGACAAUACACAUCCUCUCCCAUCCCCCUACACACUUUCAGUGAAUUUCUAAUGAAAGUGUGUGUGCGUGCUUAUGCGUGUCUGUGUUUGUGUGUGUGUGUGAAUGUGUGUGUGUGAAUGUGGGUUGUUCAGAUGGGCUCUUCCUCAUGCUCCAUACUGUAUGAGGGCAGAUGGAGCAGAUGGACCAACCCCCCUACUGGGUCCUUGAGAGUCCAGACAGAAAUACUGAACCAAAAGGCAACGCUUACAUUGAAGCUUGAACAGACGCUUGAACCACUGAACUAAACAGAGAUAAAAAGAUGAAAGGGCGAACAUUUUGAAGAAGGUGCCUUGGUACUUUGCUUGUACGGAAGGAUUUUUGUUCUUGAACUGUUCAAAGGACAUCAAGAAGCUAUCAGUUGUUUUGCUUUACUGCUGUAGAUGGUGUAGUCUUAACCUUCUGAACAUAAGCUUCUAGAAUGUUCCACUGUACAGCCAAGCUGAAACCCCACAACCUUGUUCAUCCAAAGGGAAAAUGUCGGUUGGCACUGUUAGUCAUUUUUAACACACAAAUGUUGAUCAGAGUACUCGUAUUCAAUUAUAUUCACAAAGUCAAAACAAAAGGGGAACAUCAUAAAUGACCACCACGUGCUGUAUUCAUCAGCAGACGCUGGCCUACAAAUGAUCAAUUUAUUGUUCGAGUGCCUAAUGGGACGAUCCAAUGGCAAUUGAAAUAAAACUGGGAGAUACCAUAUCAUAAUUGAUAUGGGGAGAUUGAGUCAUCCGUCAAGUUGCCAGUGACGUGAACAAGGGACUCUUGGGACAUUUUUGUGAGAAAGCACUCGCAUUCUCAAGUAGCUUAAUGGAGAGAAAAUUAGAAAGUCUUUAAUUACAUUGAAGUGGCAUUUUGUUUCCUUUUAAGGUGCUGGACACCUGUCCAUAUCAAACUGUGUUCGACUUAAAGAUCCCAUGACAUGCUGUUUUUGGAUGCUUUUAUAUAGGCCUAAGUGGUCCCCUAAUACUGUAGCUGAAAUCUCUUUCCCGAAAUUCAGCCUUGGUGCAGAAUUACAGCCACUACGAGCAGUCCCACAAUGAGCUUUCCUUAGGACAUGCCGUUUCUGUGUCUGUAGCUUUAAAUGCUAUGAGGAAGAAAGAGGCGGGGCUAACUCCCAUGCUUCGGUCGUUUGCAAGCCAUGAUGUCUCGAGGAAAAAACAAUAUCACGCUCGCACAGUCGUAGCUCAUUUUUUUAAUUGGUAGGCCAAUUUCUCUGUGCGGGCAAAGCAGAGAAAGGGGAGGUAACCUUCCCUAUUGUGACGUCACAAUAGGAACAUUUUCAAAACCGAGCGUUUGAGCUUUCAUUUUCUCAAAGACGGAGAAGAAUACCCAGGGCUUGGUUUACACUUAUCGAAAUUCCUAGCCACUAAGGGACCAAAGGCAGGCCAGGGGAACUCGUAUUAAUGUUACCUCCUAAAGUGAACAUUUCAUGUCAUGGGACCUUUAAUCUUGAUCAACAUUGAUGCCAUCAUUUUUAUUGUGUGUUUGAAUGUUAGGACAACGACUGAGCCUACCUUUCCUGCAUUCCUUAAUGAUCUGUGUUGAGUUUUUCAGUGUACUAGACGCUUAGAAGGGAAGUAAGAUGUGGCUCCACCAGGUUCUUGUUAUCGUGUCAUUAGCAUGAAGUUGGAAGACAAUUAUAGUACUUACUGAUUUGUUGUCAUUACAUUCCUACCAGAUAAUAGAUUGUGAGAAUGGAAGAUUGUUGUUGUGCAAAUGCACAGUGCCAUAGCUUAAAAAACAGGUCCAUCUGCUUGGAUGGUGCAUGCACAUCCUGCAAACCUUUACUCAAUGUUCAAACUAUACACGUCAAAUGCAUCAUCAAUGUCAUAUCUAUAUUACCAAUAAAAAUAGGGUUUAGUGCCUUUAGUAGCACCAAGGCAAAGGGAACAAAACAAUUUCAUAAUGUGACAUUUUUGUACACUUAAAAUAAAAAUAAAACUGAGCUGAUGACGUGAAAAUAACCCCUUGACCUCAACAGAGAACCAUGUGACCAAGGAGGAACCAUGUGACCUAGGAGGAACCAUGUGACAUAGGAGGAACCAUGUGACCUAGGAGUCACCGUUCUCUUAAGUCUUAGAACGAUCUAGUCGGACCAAGUUCAGUUAUCGAAAUCCAAUGAUCCAGUUGAGAACUUGCCCCACUUAAAGCAAAUCUGAAUAUUUCAAUGAAUGAAUUUUAAGUGAUUAUUGUAAACAAAUGUGAUUUCAUUGACUUUAUUCUUUGCACCUUUGAUUUACUUGCCAAGUAUUGUGAAUGAGUGAGAUGUACUUUAAAUUGCUGUAAGCAUGGCUGUUGUAUUUUUAGUUAGUUUGUUUAGUUAGUUUAGUUUGUUUUAAAGCUAACUUAGAAUCUCCUUUGCCACAGAGUCCCUACUGUUUUCAACGCAUACACUGUUUAAGCCAUAUUAGGUUGUACAACCUGACUGAAGCAGUUAAAACAGUAAAAACUCAGUACUAACAAGGUAGACUCAACAUUUUGACAUCAUCAUACCCCAGCUUCCAGCACCCGGACAGUGAACCGACUGGCAAAAACAAGUAAACAAAUGCUGCCACUUGUCUCUGUAGUUUUUGGACACUGAAGCAGGAAGUCAACCAGUUGUGUCUGAUGAUGUCACAUCGCAGUCAACCUUUAAUUCCUAUUGCAAUUGCUAGUAAGUCCUUUACCAGGCGGCCGGUGAUGUAAACAAAUGUGAAAAGUGGGCUGUUUUGUUAUCUGUGGGAUAAUAAGCCCUUUUAUUCUGUGGUACGAAUGAAAGGAUGAAUUCGAUGUUCUCUGAUGAAAGGAUUAGUUAGAUGUUCUCUGAGGGGCUGUGCAUAGUGGUACCACUUUCCUACACAUAUUUAAAUGUGAAUUAAGAUGUACUUUGUUAUAUGCCAUGCCUGGUUACUUUUGACAUUUAUUUGUGUGUUUUAUUUGCCUUGACUUGUGGACUUUAAGAAAACAGACAACAAUUGAAUUUUCUUUGUAAUGUUUGACAGAAGUGUCAAUGUGCACCUACCUUCCUGUGAAUCACAUCUUGUAUUUUGGGGAUAUCCUUGCCUGAGCAUGUUAAAAGUACUUAUUUUUUAUGCCAACUGAACAAACAAACAAUGCAUCCAAAAACAGGGCAAACACUGGUAUUCAAAUAAAGGAGGAGAACACAGAAUCACA